CGCCAUCGACGUGAAUUUCUCCGUUUCGUGAUAAAAUGGGUGACUUCGCAUGUUUUUGGAACGCACGGAACCGGGUACUGCGGUUCUAGUGGGUAUGUGCAUAUCAGCACGCACCCCAACGUUGAUCGAGAGAAGCUCGGUAGGAUAGAGGGCCUACUGUCAAAGACAGUGAAAAUGUGGAAAGCCCUGGACGUGACAUAUGCACGUUUACUUAGCUCUUUGGCGGUAGCCCGUUCGGUGGUCAACGACUCCGAACGUUCCGAUGUUUACCUCAAAGAUGCAGGAUCGUCGUGCACGGUUUUGUAUAAGUGCAUGUCCACUUACAGUACAGAAUGAGCUUCGUGAGCGAGGGAGUUGACUCAUGUAUAUCCUUUUCCUACGUACUACGUUGUUCAAUUCGAUGUCUUCUUGUGCGUCACAAAACUGUAAUGAAAGACAAUCCAGCAGCUGCGUCGAGGUGCUACCAUAUGUGGGAUGUCGUGGAUGCUGCAUGCGAGGAUCUAAUAG